AUGUCUCAAACUUUUGAUCCUGAAAGUCCUAUAGGGAUAGAGCUUAAAAAGAACUUGAUUGUUGAAUUGAGGAACAAGUUUAAUAUUGGAGAAGAUGCAGAAGAUGUUGCUGAAUAUAUAAUAGUUUUGAUUGUAAGCAAUAAAACGGCCGAUGAUAUAGUGAAUGAAGUGAAAGAUAUAGCAGAUAUCCCAAUAGAUAAUAACUUUGUGACUAGUAUUUACCAGGAAAUAGGAAGGUUGAUUGAAGUAGCUAAUCUGGCUAAUCAAGAAAACCAAAUGCCUGCGAAGGAUCAACAGAGCUACCAAGCUUAUUCAGUGCCACCACACGAGCCUCCUCAAAUGAGCCAAACAUCCGAUCUGCAGCCAAAAGAUCAAACUGAGGAACAAAAUGAUGUUAGCAUGUAUCCGACUAAUAUUCCCACUGGGCCUCGGGGACAAAGAAAUCAGAAGUUUAGUAAUCGAGGUGGUAUUGGGAAGAAUUUCAAAAAUGGGCCUAAAAAAUCGUUCGCUGUGAAAAAUCCUCAAAACUUUGAAAACAUUAUGGCCUUAAACAACGGGGGUAAUACCAAUGUGAAGCCUUUUGUUCAGAAGCCAUCGAAAGGUCGCUGUCCUGAUUUUCCAUACUGUAAAAAUAAAGACUGUCAAUUGGCACAUCCAACGAGAGUAUGUUUUGCAUAUCCCAACUGCACUAACCCUCCGGGAACUUGCAACUAUUUGCAUCCGGAUGAAGAUCAAGAAUUGAUGGCAAACUUGGAAAAAACGAAGCAAGAGUAUAGAGAAAGAAAGAAAGUUGAAUCUACAGGCACUCUUGGUAUCUGUAAAUAUGGAAUUUUGUGCUCAAAAGAGCUUUGUCCAUUCGGACACCCGACACCUGCUAACAAGGAAGCUAAGGUUUUAAUUCUACAGUGGUGUCCAGCUGGUAAAAAUUGUCAAGAUCCAAGUUGCACAAAAGCCCAUCCUUCACCGAACUACCAAGCGCCACCACCAGAACCUAAGGGUCCUCCAAAGGUUGAGCACACCUUGGAACAAUGCAAAUUUGGUCCGGCUUGUACUAACUUCAAAUGUCCAAGAAGACAUGCUACUUCUCUUGUGCCUUGCCGUGAAGGAGCAGAAUGUACAAGGAUUGAUUGCUUUUUCUCUCAUCCUAUUAAUGAAGAUUGUCGCUUUGGGACAGAAUGCAAGAAUAAAAAUUGUAUGUUUAGACACCCAGAUGGUAGAAAAGUUCAAUCAAACACUUGGAGUAAGGAUCAGGAUAUAUCUGAUACCAGUCAAAGACCGUUCGCAGUCCCUGAUGACCAAAUUAUGGAGCAAGCAGUUCAGCAGUAG